AUGGAGCAAUCAGUAAUACAUCGACAUUCCACAACAUUACAAAUGAUUUGCAGACGACGUAUUGCUGCUACACAGACGGGCGUUGAUCGAAAUUUUAGGAGUCCUAUACACAGUAAGGAAAGCCCGUUACUAAAACUUAUCGGUUUAUUAUGGGAAGAAAUAUUUAAAAUAUUUCUUUCAAAAGUAAAAAGUAUCGACAAGAUAGAAAUAAAUGAAAAACUAGAUACUGUUGGCCCAGUUACAUCCGUGGCGCACUGCUAUCUCCAAGUGAAGGAUGGAAACUGGAGAAAUGCAACAGAUCUGGUACCUGCAAUUGAGGAGGCAUGA